UUUUCUCUACACGAUGUACUUUCCUAUCCUGUAAAACUUACCCUGCAUAAUUUACCUCCCUAUCCUCUGCACAAUCUACUUCCCUAUCCUGUAAAACUUCCUCUGCAGAAUCUACUUCAAAAAACAAUGUCUACGGAAGAUACAGUGGCUAUUGCACAGCGAAGAUUAGAGGGCAAGGUUGCAAUAAUCACAGGGGGUGCGGCAGGCAUCGGAGAAGCAACAGCUCGCCUCUUCACAAAACAUGGGGCCAAAGUCAUAAUUGCAGACAUCGCGGAAGAAGCAGGAAAACACACGGCUCAAUCCCUUUCUCCAAUGGCGACAUUCAUUCACUGUGAUGUUAGCAAAGAGCAAGACGUCAGCGCAGCCGUGGAUUUGGCCAUGGAAAUCCACGGCAAACUGGACAUAAUGUUUAAUAACGCCGGAACAGGAGACUCCCAAAAGUCGAGCGUUGCAGAGUAUGAUAUGCAAGAAUUUGAGCGAGUGAUGAAUAUCAAUGUAAAAGGAGUAAUGCACGGCAUUAAGCACGCUGCUCGCGUUAUGAUACCCAACAAAAGGGGCUGCAUAAUUUCUACAGCCAGUAUUGCGGGGACUUUGGGAGGAGCUGCUCCUUACGCGUACACAGCCUCAAAGCAUGCCAUUUUAGGGCUAACUAAAAAUGGGGCGGCAGAGCUGGGGAAAUAUGGGAUCAGAGUGAAUAAUGUUUCUCCUUCAGGAAUUGCUACAGGUUUCACCAUGGAGUACUCCGAGGAAAAAGAUAAGGCCAAGCUGGAGGCGUUCUGUGACAGCGUGGGGAACAUGAAGGGGCCCACGCUUAGGGUAGACGAUGUUGCAGAGGCGGCCUUGUAUUUAGCGAGUGGGGAAUCUAAGUAUGUGAGCGGCCAUAAUCUUGUGGUUGAUGGCGGGUCAAGCGUAGUGAACCAUGAGUGGGGUUUAUACCGCUAAUCAGAUUGGAUUCUUGUCUAUCUCUGUGAUGUCAGCAUACAAUGAUCAUAUAUUCUGCGCCUUAUCUUGUUAUGUUUAGUUAGCUGAUUGGAUCAACUACUUGUACAAUUUUAUGGUCUUCCCUCUUUGUUUCGUGAA